GAUGAUUUUUCUGUCACUCAUAUGACACGCCCCCUGAGUUCCGAGUCUGUCAGUGAAGCACUGAGGUCAAGGGGAUGGCCGCCUUGUUAAGAGGGAAUUGGAGUUUCUAUAAAAGGUGCAAAAGACAUGUGGACAUCAGGAUGGCAUUCUGUAGAUCAAUGGCUUCUAAGACCCCAGUGGGUUUUAUUGGACUGGGUAACAUGGGUACACCCAUGGCUAGAAACUUACUGAAGCAUGGAUACCCUGUCAUUGCAACGGAUGUCUUCCCAGAAUCCUGUAAAGAACUCCAGGAUUCGGGAGCACAGAUCCUGGGUUGCCCUGCUGAAGUGGCAGAAAAAGCAGACCGCAUUAUCACCAUGCUGCCAUCCAGCCCCAAUGUCAUAGAAGUUUACACAGGACCAAAUGGAAUACUUAAGAGAAUAAAAAAGGGCACACUUCUCAUCGACUCCAGCACCAUAGACCCUGCAGUAUCUAGGGAGAUGGCUGUUGCUGCUGAGAAGACGGGUGCGGUGUACAUGGAUGCUCCAGUGUCAGGAGGUGUUGGUGCCGCCAGUUUGGCUAAACUUACCUUCUUGGUGGGUGGAGUGGAGGUGGAGUUUAAUGCUGCUAAGGAGCUACUCACCUGUAUGGGAGCAAAUGUAGUGUACUGUGGCCAAGUGGGAACUGGACAGGCAACAAAAAUCUGCAACAACAUGCUAUUGGCAAUUGGAAUGAUUGGUACGGCAGAGACCAUGAACCUCGGAAUUAGCUGUGGAAUCAUAACACAUGUAGUGAAAUCAUCCCUCUUCUCGGGAAUAUCAGGCCUGUACAUGCUCAUAUACAUUUAUACAGACUCAUUUAGAUGCCUUGGGUUCCAAGCUGCCAUUAAUCUCCCAUACUGCAUUGCAGCCAGUUAUCUCAUGCUGCAACCAGCAUGUAAACAAUGUAAAAAGAAUGUGAGUUUGGCCUAUUUGAGAAUAGGAAGAUAAUUAAUCUUUUCCUAUGGAAAAUUAUCGAUAUAUUUUCUUAUAACUUCACCCUUCAAGUAGAAUCUUUUGUUCUUUUUGUUCUCUAAUCUUCGUCACGCCGUCUAUUUCUCGCUUUAAUUUGUUGAUCUCAUAAGGAGCGCGGGGUAUCUCCGGCCAUGCGUGGUGUUUCGCUUGGAAAGGUGUCCCCAAAAGACAGUUUUAUCCUUUCUCUCUCACGUGCGCUCUCCCGCUCCCUCUCUCGCUUCUCGCUCUCUCCAUCUAUCAUCACUUAUGCAUGCAUAUGCUGCUGUCUACACUUUAAAACAGUAGCUACCAGCGAGAAUGAGCCCUGUUUUUUAAUGAUGUGUUUUCACAUACACGGAGAAUAGAGAUUGAAAAGGCUUUGAAAUUCCCAGUUCAUCCACCAGUGCACACACACCCAGCCUGUGUACAUAUGUUUAAAAAGAUAAUUGACAUUUGCUAAUAAACUAGUUUGUUGCCUCCUAAAGACAUUAAUAAAAUUGUGGGCUACGUGUUUACUACUUAAUUCUGAAUGCACCAGGGUUUGAUAAAGAUAAAACGAGGCAUCGUUCAUAAACAUGCGUCGUUUGGAGGGGGUCUCUGUAUUUUUAAUGCUGUGAUCAAACGCAAAACGCCUGUAGUUUAUUUCCUCUCUUUUUCUAUUUCUUUUAAUGUAAUUAACUUACUAGGCUCUUACAUCUGGUUUCCUUAAACACGCUGCCAUUGCAUUAACCUUAUCACACUUUACAACUCAAUUUUAUCUGCCAGAUUUUCACAAGCAUCCUUUGAAAGUAUCACGUUUCAUUUAUGUGAAUGUAAAUUGCAAAUGAUUCGGAUAAUGUACAUAGGAGCCGAGCGUGUGCUAUAGAGUUGUUAUUUAGCAUUUUAACAGUCAAGACACCUCCUCUCCUCUUUCUCUCAUUUCUUGUGCUGAGAGAGUGAUUUGUGUUGUACCACAGAAGCCAGGUUGGAGUUGAGGCGGUAACCUUUUCAGUCACUGACCCAGAACGGGUUUGUGUGAGUGUUUCUGGAGGAGGGGAAGGGGACGAUGUUGAACAUAUGUCACCGGUUGUCCCCAAGAGACGGAGAGACACAGACAUAAAGAAGGAAAGUGAGUGAGAGAGAGACAGAGCAGUAGAUUGAUACGGGGUCAGUCAGUAGGCUGUUUACAGACAUUAAACCCCCCAAAAACAACUGUCAAAUGACAAUGUAUCCCAACAGCUUGCUCACACACACACACACAUGCUUGCACACACAUCAUCGUAAUUACUAUUUUCAAAGCAGUCUGUAAACGCAGACAGUAUGGGUUGGACAAAAUUGUAGAAAGCGAAAAGAAAUAGACGUUUUACGCACAGCUGUGUGUCCUUGUCUCUUAAUUAUUGGAGAGACUUAUAAAGUCUGUGCAUAUGAAGGCGUGGCACGCCGAAUGAGAGACAGGUGGAGUUACUGUAUAACUGCCUUUAAAUACUCAUCAUAGUUUAAUAGACAUUGCAAAAGCUACAAAGCUCACUUUACUGUCUCACCACCGCUGCUACUCCAGCGUGUGUGCACGCACACGCAUGUGUGUCGGGUCGCUCUUGAUGUGGCCAUAUUUAUGUUCUUGUUAAAGCAGGAGACGGCAGCGCUUUGCCCAGUUACACAUCAUUCUUACAUUUCCCUUUUCUCUUUGUCGUCAUUUUUUAUUUGAAAUGUUUUUUUCCUCAUCAACUGCCAUCCAAUGUUUUGUCUCGGUAAACAGUCUGAUGUCUGUCCGGUUUUUGUUGUUGUGCUUUAUUAGUGGUGUCUUCCGAGACAAGCACCACUACUCUUCACUACUCAGAUGUAGCCUAGUCGGGCUUGUGACCCAAGAGUUGCCUGUUUAAGUCUCUUGGCAUGCAGGUUGCGACUUGAGCAAGGCACCUUAACCCCAAUUGCUCCCUGGGCACUGUAAGGUUAGCUGCCCAUUGCUC